GCGAGGAGCUAUCAGAGAGAGCAGGGGCUCGCGGCCUCAGCACUGAUAACACGCUCACACAUACACAUACAGCGGAACGCGCGCGCGCGCAGAUACACGGGCUUAACCGGGAUCGCGGAGUGAGGAGUGAGGAAGAGCGCGUGCUGAAUUUACUGGAUUCUCUGUGAGAAGAGAGAGAGACACACAGUGGGAGAGUGACACUGACUCUGCUGUUAAAGGCUGAACUGGGCCUGUUCAUCUCGGACAUGAACCUCCUCACUGACUGAGUGUGACCUCAUCAAGAGGAACCCUUUCUGUUAUCCCAAAUGAUGAUGCAAAAGCAGCCGACCCGUACCUCCCCAGGUAGUGUGUGUACUUUGAGGGGAGGAGCCAUGCCGGGAUCUCCAGCAGUCACUAUUGUGGCCAAAAUGGACAAUCAGGUGAUCGGCUAUAAGGACUUGGCCGCCAUUCCUAAAGAUAAGGCCAUUCUAGACAUAGAGCGACCGGACCUGAUGAUGUAUGAACCGCACUUUAGCUACACACCAAUGGAACGCUCUGAGAAGUCACUGUCUCCGCGCUCUCUCUCCCCUCCUCCCUCUCCUGAGACUGCUGUGUUAAAGGACAGGGAUUGGCUGGAGCAGAAAUCUUCUGGAAGCUCCUCUCCUUCCACACUGCCACUGUGCAGGAGCAGCAGUGUGAGCAAAACCCUACCACCACAACAACACUUUCACAGACCAGACAGCGGCAUUAACAUGUACAAGAAACCACCCAUAUAUAAACAAGAUGUUUCUGCACAUAUCCCUCACAGUAAGCACAUGGAGGAUCUGAUAAUUGAGUCUUCUCGGUUCCCUGGAGCUCAACCGCCUGACCCAAACCUACCCUCGAAGAUCGAGACCGAGUACUGGCCCUGCCCCCCGUCCCUUGCUGUUAUGGAGACAGAGUGGAAGAAGAAAGCCGCGGCUCAGACAGCUGAUGGAGAGGACGGUGAGGAUGAGGAUGAGUAUGAUGAAGGUGAUCUGUCAGACGACAUGUGGAGGCUCAGGCAGAUGCAGAAACAGGAGCUGAAUAAGAUUCAGUCAAAUCUGGGAAAGCUGAUACUAAAGGAAGAGUUGGAGGGGGCCGUUCCUGUUAGGAGAAAAACACGUUCUUUACCUGACCGGACAUACGGACACCUUGGGCCCAAAUCUCCCUCAUUCCCAAACUACAGCAAUCGGAGUGGCCUAACUAGACUCCAAUCUGCAGAGUUUUCCUCAUCACACAAUGAUAAAGAGAGUCAGAAUUUACAGAAUGGGGAUGCUCAAGGACACAGGAUGGACAGAGGAAACUCGCUGCCCACCAUGCUGGAGCACAAGACUUAUCCCUACGAGAUGCUGAUAGUGACUCACCGGGGCAGGAGCAAACUCCCUCCCGGAGUGGACAGGAUGAGGCUGGAGAGACACCUGUCGACGGAGGAUUUCCAGAAUCUAUUUGGAAUGACGAUGGAGGAGUUUGAUCGGCUCUGCCUGUGGAAGCGUAACGACUUAAAGAAGAAAGUCUUGCUCUUCUAGCACUGUGAAGAAAAACUGUUUAUAAAAUAAAAUGUAAAAAAAAAUCAAACCCACUCACACAACUGCUCUUCUGCUUCAGAGACUAAAACUACAAGAUCACGAGGAAGCACCACAGAUAAGCAGUGACUUCACAAAAAAAAAAAAAAAACACUGACUGAGUGAGGGAUGUAAUCUUUGGUGGACGAUUUCAGACCCAACUGCGUCUCAGCUAUCUCAAUAUUUAGGGUUAUAAUCCUUGAUGUCAUAGUUGCAGCUACUAGAUGAGGAGUUUUUGGAUUUGAAGGCCUAAUGCUAAUACCGAUAGCUUGAGCAUUCAAUUAAAUACAAUACAGAGACUAGACUCAGAAAACGGAUAAAAAAGACAAUAUUUUUUGGCUUAACCUGCUGAGAAAUAGUGUUAAGUUCAGUAGAAGCAUUCCAGUGUCCACUCUGGCCAAUGUGAACAUGUAUCACCUCUAAACACUGCCACACUUUAAAGCCACGAUGUGCUCUAUGCUAAUAAUGAGUAUAUUUCUAACUAACCUGACCAACAGAAGAAUUUAAUGAAUGAUUUGACAGCAUUGUGAGUUUUAUUUUGAUUAAUAUUCAUACAUUUCUUGUACAGUUGAUUUCAGAUUGUGUUGUAGAUAGCUUGGUUACUUUCUUUUAUUUAAGCGAUAGUUUGGCAAAUCAUAUUUACAGAGAUCCCCCACUCGCCCCCACUCAUUAAGUAUAACUGAAGACACUUGGUGUCGGAGGUUUGUUUAGUUAAUUGUGUACUGGAGCUGUAAAGCUAACGAAAACAUCAUAAGUAAUGGAAGCCUAUAUCCCACAAGUUAACAUCAUUCAGACUGCAUAUUUAAAUUAAUAUUUUCUAUUUUUAUGCCUAAACACAACAGUUCAGGCCAUACAUGUCAAAUGUCAAAUUUUGGAAUAAAAUUUCCCCAAAACCCAAUUAUCAUUUUUAGUAGUUUAGUAGUCUAGUAGUUUGCUAUUAGCACUAUGCCAAGGAGGGGCAUUUUAAGCUGUACAAUAUUUCAUUUGUUGUAACAGAUGUUAGAAUAUUAGUUUUGUAAGUAAAUAUUUCUGGUUUAAAGCUACCACUGUUAUUUUUAUUUUCUAAUAACGGACUGACUACAGCUAGAACUGCCAUUAUUGUUAAUCAGAACUCAACUUUAUUUGUUGGCAAUUCUUUUGAUAUGUUAGGUUUAUAGCCCAACUUCUGAACCAAUAGAAUGACACACUUAGCUGUGUACAGUAUGUCUAGAUAUGAUUGAGAACAAAUCCUGACUGGACAAUUGCCCAUUAGGCAUUUAAAAAAAUUACAUUAUACCUGAAUAACCAUUUAAAACCAGCUAAAGUGUUUUAGAUGGUUACAAACGUUACAAAUGUUCCCAUAAUUAACUAUUCUAAUACCUAACAUGGGAAAUUAGAAUUUAUGAGAGUAUUUAAGAAGCUUGCAAUGUUUACUUUACUCUGCUAAUUAUUAGCUAAGUCUCAGAAACUGACAAAAGCUACAAGCUAUGCUAGUCUUGCUAGUCUCUAAAGCUAGCUGGCUUAGUCUUGCUAACUGUGUUUGGGUCAGCUAGUCACAGUCUAGACUAGUUAGCAUUAUGCUAACCUGUGGUGAUAAGCUUUCAUUAACUACAGAAGCCUGCUGUCUCCAGUGCACAGCUACAAUUUAAGCAAUUUUAAACAAUCAAGUGUGUAAUUUUUUAUUAACUUAUCCAAAGCACUCUAUCUUAAACUUUAUGUCACAUUCUCACACACUCUCACACACGCAUACGUCUCACACAAGUACACAUAUCUGUAUGCCUUGAUGCAAGUAUUACUGAUGCAGAUAUCACUGGUAGUUCAUGGCAACAGUGUCUAUAGCAACAAGUGUGAACUUUGCCUUUUUAAAGAGGGCUAUAUUAGAGGGAUUAUUCAAUGUUAUGUAAGAGUUACAAACAGCCUGCAUGAGAAAUGUAUCACCCCUCCACAAAAAAAGUGAUAACUGAUUGUAAAAUGGCUGCAUGAUCAAUAUUUUCUUGCUUUUUUAACAGAAUGUAUUGAUCAGAUGGCAUCAAACCCCCCCUAGUCCCUAUUUUUCCCUUCCUGUUUUCCCGUUUUGCUGCUAUUGCAUUAUUAAGCACUUCCGUUUCCGUUUGGUUAUUUCCUCUUUUCUGGAAUGGAUAGAGAGAUUCCUGUUUUAAAGGAUAAAAUGCAGGGUGAGGAUGAUGAUGAAGAUGGUGAUGAUGAUGAUGGUGAUGAAGGGAUUUUCAGUUGAAUUUGGACUUCUGAACAGCCCGGCAAAUGGUUUGAGUGUUUGCAGCCCUGAAUUUUGGCCCCUGUAGAUUUGCGUAGUUUACACUUUACCAGUUUUCAUGCUUUCAGUAGAAAUACAGUGAUCUGCUUUGGAGUGCACAAUAUUGGAAGAAGGAUUUUGUUUUUUUUUUGUUUUGUUUUUUUAUAUUUCACAUCGAUUGAAUUUGCUUGUGUUGAUCCGGUGACCAAAUGUUGUGCAGCUACUGUCUAUCUCUCUUUCUGUCUCUUUUUUCUAUUCUUUCUUUUUACCUGCAUUGUGGCAUGACUUUUAACCAAAAAAUGUAAGGAAAAAAUGCACACUUGUUAUGAACAGUUUGAUUUAGUUGCAGUUCUUUAUGAACCGAUUAAAUCAAUAUUAUAUAAUAGAUUUUUUUUUAAAGAGGCCUUUCAGCCAAAAUUUAUGCUUUAUCUGUUGUAAACGUAACUUAUCACCUCGUACAGUAGUGCUGCUGUGUACAAAGAGUGAGAUUUUCUAGUUUAAAUAUUAAACCCCACUUAACCCCAUUUAAACCCCACUUCUUGUGAUGGGAGGAGUUCACUUGUGGGUGGGGCUAGAUGUAGUGUUUUCAGGCAUUUACAGAAUGCAUUCUAAAACACUACAAAGAUAUGUACAGUGUAAAACCAUAGAAAUCACAUAUCAACAACCUGGAAUAUUAAUAGAACCGCUUAUAUAAUUCUAAACAAGCCACUCUUUUGGAUUAUAAAGAUUAUACAUAAUAAUAAUAAAAGAUAUUAUUUAGAAUAUUAUCUAGUUAUUUAUUGGGGGUCUCCAUAUUCCACUUUAAAAGAAUCUUACCUAAUGCCAGAAUUAACAUAUUAAAAGCUAGUUUUAGGAAAAAAUGCCUCUUUGAAACACAUAGAAUGCACAAAUGUAACUGACAAUGAAAAUUAUUAUAUUUAUAAACAUUUUAAUCAGUUAUAACAUUCCAAAAACAAUUCAGUUUAAUGCUGUGAAGCUAAUGAACAAUGUUUUUGCCUACAGAUGCACACUUAAGUCACUGGAAAGCUCCCAGCUGUCUGCAGCUAAUUAGCAUCUCUUCUGACAAUCCAGCUUUGAGGGUGGUAUAUAUUAGGAAGUCUGGACCAAACAGUAAAUGUUGUUAGCUUUCAAAUUAAAUCAACACUCAUAUUCACAUAUAUAAUCCAUUUACUAAGGAGGAUCUUAGCCCUGCUCUGCUCUAGAUGUCUAAAAGAGCGGCUGCACCUUACAUGCUAAUUGUUGUUAACAAACAUAACCAGCAGCUGCCAUUUAGUAUGAUAAUUUUUUUAAUGCUCACUGUUGGCCAAUCGCCUUUAUUGAUUGUUAGAAUUGGCCUUAUGGACUGAAACAUUCCUCAAACAGUGCUGUGUAAAGGAAUACUCCAGUGUAAAGGUGUAGUAAAUGUUGAGUUAUCGUAAGAUUUUGCUCCCUCCGUUUUUAUUCCAAAAAAUGAUAGACUUUCUCACACAAUGUUUCCAAAUGAAACACCAUUCUUAUUAUUGAGCCUAAUCUCAUUCCAGUGCAGAAUGUCAGAAUAUAUUUGCUGUGACAUUUUUCACUUUUUGACAAUGUGAAUCCAAAUUGAUGAAUGCCCCAAGUUUUGUCCUUCUCCUCGUAAGUUACCAUUUUGCAAAUAAUUAUUUUUUCAACAGCAGCAAUAUUAACAUUAUGAUUUAAUAAAAAUGCAUUUUUAUUCAUUUCUAUUAUUUUACCUUUAAUUACUAAUUUAUAACUAAUUUUGUGAGAAUAAUGACCCCCCAAACUGCUCCCUACUUUCAUUCAAAAAUCAAAUGCCUGUAAUCCAGUAUGAAAAAUAAACCAGUUCAGGUUGUUUGACUUUAACAUUAAGUUAGUUACUAAGGAACUGAUUUGGAUAAAUCUAAAGUAGGGAAAAAACAAAUAAACAUAUAUUAAAAUAGAUAAAAAGACAAGUUUUCAAAUUGCAAGAUAAGUUCCAUAAAGUAAUAAAAUCAGUACUUUAAAAUGUGCUGUUGAGAUUUCAAACAGCACUACACAAUGGCUUGCACACCAUACAACACUGCUAAUACCACACAUUCAGCAAUAGGGAAUGAACAAAUCUCUGGUGUGCGAUGAUUGGCUGUGGUGCAGAGGUCUGAGAUGAAAAUAUAAUAAGUUCUGGAGUAUUCCUUUAUUACGCAAUAUAGUGAACAUAGAUGAAUAUGUGCUAAAAUACCAGGAACACACACACAUGCAUACACACUGACUUUUCACUUUCUUACUGGAGUCACCUGCACUGUCAACACAGUAUUUACUCUCUCUCUCUCUCUUUCUUUCUUUCCUUUUUUUAAUGUGAAAGUGCUGAAUGGACAAAUAAACAACCCAUUGAAUUAGUGAGGUGAGUGUCUGUUCAGAUUCAGGUGUGUGUUUUGUUUAGUUCUGUUCUGGUUCUGAUUAAUAAACAUUCUGGUGAACAGUUAGUACUUGAAUUUUAUGUUUAAUAAAGUUUUGGGGUUUA